AUGGUAUUCGUGGGGUACUGCAAUCAACAGAAAGCGUACCGUUUUUUGGAUAAGGACACCGGAAGAAUCACCAUAAGCCGUGACGUUCGCUUCAUGGAGAACCUGGAAUUCGGAUCGGAGAAGGCACAGGGAAGAUCGUCGGCGUCGGAAGGACUGCCGCCGGCGGGAAAAUCGACGGAAGUGCCAGCAAAUGUUCCAGAUGCUGAUGAUUCGAUUGUGGAGUUGGACCCGCUGCCGAAAAGGAACGAGAAGCCGAAUAGUGAUGAAGCGGAAGACUUUUACGAUACUUCGGAAGUGUUUUCGAGUGGAGAAGAAAAUGGUGCCGAAUCUGAAGGAGAAGUCCAGCCAAGCGGCGGACAGCCGGCGGAGCAGCCGGAUCGGCGACGUGCAACCCGCGGACAGUUGCCAGUGAGAUUCAGCGAUUACGAGAUGGGCAUGGUAGCACUCGAAACAGACGAACCGACCACGUACAAGGAAGCGAUUACUUGCGGCGAGAAGAAGAAGUUGGUAGCUGGGAUGACAGAGGAGUACUGUUUAUUGAUGUCCAACCAGACAUGGGAGGUUCUCGUUCCCGGCGAAACGGAACGUAAUCGGGAGUAA